AAAAAAGGAAAACCGUAACAUUUGACUUUGUACACCAAUGCGAUAAGAAUAUUAUAAUAAUCUCUCUUAUCUUAGCAGGAGAGAUAAUACGAGGCUAAUUAAAUAUCCUUCUUUCUAAUAAUCUGUACCAGUCAGUGUAAAAUAUCCCGCGCAUGUAAUUAGCGAACAUAGCAUCUCCGCCUCUAUUCUAUAUCCAUCCUUCUCCCACAGUGUUUAAAUUUGUAAAUUCGUGAACGUGGCAAUGGGGUCACAGGUACAUGAGUUCAACGUCGAGAUGACCUGUUCCGGUUGUUCUGGUGCCGUCGAACGGGUUCUUGGCAACAAAGCUGGCAUCGAGAACGUGAAGAUUGAUCUACCAGGGAAGAAGGUUUUCGUUACGACACCGCUCUCAUCGGACGAGGUAUUGGGCUACCUGAAGAAAACUGGAAAAUCCUGUACAUAUCUCGGUACAAAAAAAUGAACGUUAAAUGAAUCGAUUCACUGAGCAGAUGUCCAUGAUAUUUGUUCGUGAUUUUCUUUCUUCUUUAUGCUUUCUUGGUUUUUUUCGAAUGACUAUUGUCAAUUAACUAACAGUUUUUUUACUGUGUAAUCAUAUACAUAUUCCUAUUACUAACCAUACACGAUUUUCUCUCCA